AACUCUAGUACCAUAAAGUUUGUAAUGCACUAUAGAGUGUCUAGUUUGCAGAACGGAAGUUGAAAGAAAAUAACGUUUACUGUAUCCUGUCCUCCUUUUCGUUUGAGCUCGGGUGGUGAGCGGGUGACACAGGGGUUCCAAGAUGCAGAUUUUUGUGAAAACCCUGACUGGGAAAACUAUCACAUUAGAGGUUGAACCUAGUGAUACCAUAGAAAAUGUGAAGGCAAAGAUCCAGGAUAAAGAAGGCAUUCCACCUGAUCAGCAACGUCUGAUUUUUGCUGGCAAGCAACUUGAAGAUGGUCGUACCCUGUCUGACUACAAUAUUCAGAAAGAGUCUACUCUUCAUCUGGUACUUCGUCUCCGUGGUGGAAUUAUUGAGCCAUCCCUUCGUCAACUUGCUCAAAAGUACAACUGCGACAAAAUGAUCUGCCGCAAAUGUUAUGCUCGUCUUCAUCCACGUGCUGUUAAUUGCCGUAAGAAGAAAUGCGGUCAUACCAACAACUUGCGCCCAAAGAAGAAGCAGAAGUAAACUAGUUGCUUUGGUUGUAAAGACUGUAUUGUAGUGCUGCAAAUAAAGACUUAUUGGCUAUUA